AUGGCUCCGCCUGCUCGCCUUAAUCAGCUCCAAAUGGAGCAAGUUAGGAAUAUUGUCGCUGAGGAAUUCAAUAACGCUUUCAAUGAACUAAUCCCGGGCGUGACCAAUGACAUAAUCAACCAGGUCAAAGCUCUUCUGGAUGAGCGCCUCGCAGCUAUUCCCGGGGGAGCGUUAUCGGCUCCGCCCGUUCGGGAUUCGGCAUACUACUUCGAGAAGUUCAGCAAGUGUAGCCAUCCUCUUUGGAACGGUGAAUCCGACCCAGUUGCUGCUAAGCAUUGGGUGUCAGAUGUUGAGGGCGCCUUCAUGACUGUUGGGUGUCCGGACCAGUACAAAGUUGUGAUCGCCAUGAAUCAGCUGCGAAAAAGGGGAAAGACAUGGUGGAACACCAUCACCGCUCUAUUAAACAAGGAAGAAGUGAGGGCCAUGUCUUGGGCCCAAUUUGUGGAGAGGUUCAAGGCACAAUAUGUGCCCAAGGUGGAGCAGCAGGGGGUGCAGCAAGAGUUCAUGUCCUUACAGCAAACUACCGAGUCUGUUAGCGACCUGAACGCCAAGUUCUUGGAGAUGCUAUCUUUUUGUCCCUCAUUUGCUGGGAACGAGGCCUGGUUGGUCAGCCAAUACACUACCAUUCUACGUACCGAGAUUCGGGAAUUCGUUAGCAUGCAGGAGUUCCCGACUUUAUCCGCGAUCAUGGAUGCGGCGAGGAGGAGGGAAAUCGAGUUGCAGACCCAGACCAAGAGGAAGGCCAAUGACACCUCCUCCAAGACAUCCGGAGAUGCCCAGAAAAAGCAAAAGCAGGGUGGGCAUCAUUGGAAGAAUUGUAGGGCUCCCCCUGCGAGUGCAGUUCCUCAGAUUACUUCUGCUGCUCCCGUCUGCUAUCACUGCAACGAGACGGGACACAAGAAGCCCGAAUGCCCGAAGUUGAAGGCUGGUAAAGGAAGCGGGGGUACAAAUCCUGCAAUUGCAUCGUCUUCUAAGGGACCCACUAUGGUGACACGAGGUCGUGCUCACCAGAUGACUGCGGAUGAGCCGGCACUUAUUUGCUAG